AUGGGCGUGGCAGUUUAUGACCCAAGAAGAUGUUCAUCGAAUUCUGAGGUCGAGCAAAUCCAAGCCAUCCAAGUCCAACACACGAUCAUUGACGAGUGGGCUUGGGUGACAUCGAAGACCUGCCCAAAUCGCUACAAGGCCUGGCACCGCGGGGCGCACAAGCCCUCGCCUUACACCGCAACGUUCUGUCUCAGCGACGUCCAGUCAAGUCAGAAGGAUGCAAACGCCGAGUCCAAGCUCUUCUACGAUUUGGGCUACUAUUCCUGUGACAACGAUGUUGAGCACUGGGAUUUUCAGCUCUGGCUUCCGGUUUGA